AUGUUGACUUUAGCUUUAUUUUGUAUAACGUUCGUACUGUAUUGGACAUGGCGGCAUCGAAACACAAAAUCUAAACUAGAACCUCCCACGUAUCCAGGAGGAUUGCCGCUUAUCGGACAUGCACAUUUUCUAAUGGGAGAUACCGUUUGUUUAUGGAAUACUAUGAGGGAAGUGUCACAUAAUACCUUAAGACUGGGUGGUGUAAUAACAGCGUCAAUUGGACCUCGGACACUAUACGUGGUAACAGAUCCCGAAGACAGCUUGACUGUCGCUAACGCUUGCCUACAGAAGGACUUUAUGUAUGAAUUUGCUAAACCGUGGCUAGGGGAUGGUCUGUUAACCGGAAAAGUAUCAAUAUGGAAGCGUCAUCGAAUACUGUUAAAUCCAGCCUUUUCUCAGCGGGUGUUGGAUGGAUUUCAGGGGGUUUUUAACAGCCAAUCCAGACGACUUGUUAAGGAUUUAGAAGUGAAGGUUGGAAAGGGCCCAUUCGACCAUUUAGUUUACCUAAGACGUAAUGCGCUGGAAACAGUUUGUUUAACUACCAUGGGAGUAGAUUUCAGCAAAGACAGCGUUCUUUUUAGUCAAUACGAGCAAGCGAUGGGGCAGAUGUUAAACAGUCUAACUGAAAGAUUUCAAAAGUUAUGGUUGCACAAUGACUUUAUCUACAGUUUUUCUACUUUAAAGAAGAAGGAUGACCAAUGUUUAAGAAUAUUGCACAAUAUGUGUGAUAAGGUAUUGCAGGCACGUAAGGCUGCGCACUUAAAUAAUAAGAAGAACGAAGUAGAAGCAUCAAAAGGUACCAAAUUAAAGGCAUUCUUAGAUCUUCUUUUGGAAUUAUCGAUCGAAACGGGAGCUUUUAAUGACUCGGAAAUAAGAGAGGAAGUUAAUACAAUGAUUGCCGUCGGACAUAAUACUACGGCAGACGUUCUUAUGUUUACAUUGGUAUUAAUAGGAUCCUAUACAAAGGUACAAGAGCGGAUAUUUGAAGAGUUACAAAACGUCUUCGGGGAUGACGACAGGGAUGUCACUAAACAAGAUUUGUCUCGAUUAGUGUAUUUAGAAGCAGUUUUAAAGGAAUCUAUGCGCAUAUAUCCAAUAGUACCAGUGACAGCUAGAAGACUUCAUGAAAAUGUUAAGCUAAAGAAUUAUACACUUACAGCUGGACGCACAUGUGUUAUAUUUAUUUAUGGUAUCCACCGUCACCCAAUGUGGGGUGAUGAUGCUGAAGAGUUCAAACCAGAAAGAUGGCUAGAUAAAACGACUUUACCUUCAUGUCCUACUGCAUUUGCUGCUUUUAGCAUAGGAAGGAGGGUUUGUAUCGGAAAACAAUUCGCUUUUAUGGCGAUGAAGACUACACUAGCCCACGUACUACGGCAUUAUCGCGUAAAAGGUGAUCAAACUAAGAUGGUAUUAAAGGCUGAUGUGGUGCUGAAACCCAAAUAUGGUCACUACAUUUCUAUAGAGAAGAGAUCGUGA